ACACGUUGUGUUGCAACUGCCAUCUGCAAUGUGCAACUAGUGAAAAUAACAGAGCGAAAAAGUUCGCAAACAUGAGUGCAUCAAAAGAUAAAGAUACAACUUUAGUUCCCACGGUCAGAGAAGUGCAGCAAAAGUUUGCAGAGAUCCUAAGCCAUGGAGAGGAUAUAACCUGGGAUCUGCUGACAGCUAAUCAGGAAGAGGUUCUAAAAAGGAAGUUAUCCCUGUUUAAAGGCAAUUGCAACUGGUUCUAUCGGAUUUGGAAUCAAAGGAAAUACACAAAUGGACAGUCCUUAACGUCCCUCUUUUUUGUGCUGAUAGUGGACAAUGUGAGCAAUCCGCAGUUGGCUGAGGAAAGCAGAUCCUGGCACCUGUAUCCUGUUUUCCGUUGUCGACGUUGUGUGGACAAAUCUGGUCAGGCCAGUGGCAUCGACUGUUGCAUGGCGUACGUGACUCAGAACUCAAGUUACGGAAACUGGAAUGAGUUUCUUUUGCUGUCAGAUUUUCGCGAGGGUUUGAUGGUCACCCCGUAUCGUGGAGUGUAUAAACUGAUUGAUGGUCAGGUCGAACUAAAAUCGUAUCCCAUCACAGAACAGCCGCGCCCAGGAUUCUUACCAAAAAUCAAGGAUUGCUUCAUAACGCCCGAGUCCUUGUCAAUAGCUUCCAAAACACCUGUUAUCCGCAAGAAAUCAGAAAAUGCUGUUUUUCAAUUGGUUCCCGAAUUUUGCGCAGGUGAACGGAUGCUCAGCUUGCUCUUGAAUCCUGACAGCGUGCAGAAAUCUUGUGACUUAAUUGAUCUUUCUGAUUCUUUAGUUCUAUUUACACAAACAUUUAACAAUUUUCGUCUGGCAAAAAGUAUGUUGGAAGAAGCAAAUUGUCUAAACAUCUUGGUUAAUCAGGAAAGAAGCGUUUUUGACAAGAUAUCGGAGGAAGCUGUUAGAAUAAACGGCAAAGUGGAUCUAAUACGCAGUUCGAACGGAGUUCCCUUAAAAUCUGAGCUCGACAUUCUCCUUCAACCCAUACAAAAAAAGAGAAAACCAAAGAAGUUACCGGAAACUCCCAAGGAACCCAUUGAUGUACUGGAGAAUUCUCCAGAAAUCAACACUGUCAAAGUUAAGGGAGAAGAUAUUGACCUGGCAGUCUAUGGCAAGACUCUUAGAGAUCACAUUGUUAGCUUAGAGAGCUUUGAACUGCUGAUUACCAGCAUGGCCGAGCAUUUGGAACCCGAAAUAUUUAAACUUAUUCUACAGCUCACGCAAACUUUUGUGGAAAACACCAGGGAAGAAAUGAGCCAACUGCUGAAAUACUAUUUUUCGACGGAAUCCGUUCUUUAUCAGAUAAUUUGCAGUAUAAGAAAACAUUAUCCAAGCUGGAACUUUAAUGAAAUUAAAGAGCAAUCUUCAGAGAUUUUAAGGCGUUUGCGGUACUAUUUUGCUUCUUCUGACCCGAAUUCUCGUUCUGAAUUUCUAAAAAAGUGCGAGAAAUGUACCGGCUACUACGACUUAUAUAACAAAUAUUAAAAUAGGUUACUACAACCCUGUUUAAUAUAUGUUUGGAACUAUAAGAAAGAAUGCAUUUUUUAAAUAAUCAAAUUUAUCUGACAUAUGUAUCUUAAUGUUUAAUUUUAUAACCCUUUUCAAAAUGAGUACAAACGUUGAAAUAAAUAUUUUCAAUUCGUAAGUGUUGUCAAAUAA